AAUAAUAAAAUUAAAAAUGCACCUGGGAUGAAUGGGCGGCCUUCGGUGCUGGAACAAUCACUAACUAUUGUUUGGAACUAGCGGAUGCCACAAGCGGUGUAAUUUCCUCUUUCCUCCGUUCCUAUGGGAAUCCAUUGGAGUGUUGCAACUUUUUCUCUCAGCUCUUCAGAACAAAACAUCAGCCAUCUUGUGAUUAUUACAAUGAGGGUCGAUCAUCUGUUUUCAUCCUUCAUCCUUCUCCUUAUCUCUACCACAGGGUUCAGUGCUGAGAUCUCUGUGUUUGUGCAGACGGGAGAUUCUGUUCAACUGGAUAUACAGACACAUGAACUACCAGAGUUUGAUGAUUUAUCCUGGAGAAAUGAUAAAUCAGAGAAUAUAGUUAAAUAUAUACAUGCAUCUAAAACACUAAGACCUCACUCUUCCUACAAGAACAGAGUGGAUUUCAAUGAUAAAACCUUCUCUCUCACACUGAAGAACAUGCAGAAGACAGACAGUGGACUCUAUACAGCAAGAACAACAGGAGAAUCAGAGAAAAUUAUUGUUACAUACAGAGUAUCUGUUAUAGAUGCUGUAGAGGCUCCUGUUCUGACUGUAAACUCAAUCAGGUCCAGCAGUGACUCCUGUACUGUGAACUUCACAUGCAGAGCUCAUGACCUCAUGAUUCACUCCAGCUAUCAGAACAACAGAUGCUCUCCAGAGGAAGUGACAUCACAUGAGAUCUACACUCUCAUCCUGAACUGCAGUGAGGAAUCCAUCAUCUGUAACCAUAGCAACCCAGUUAGCAGCAAAAAAGACAGAAUAGAGAUCAAACAGCUCUGUGAAGAAAGUGAUAGACUACCAUCCCACUCUCCUACAGUUCAUCUUACAUAUCUGUGUUUAUUGUGUUUGGUGUUGUGGGAGUGAUUUGUGGUUUGAUCCUUUACUGUUGCUGCAAGAAUAAUAAAAGGUAUGUCCAUCUCGCUAAUUUCAAAAAACUGAAAAGGUUUUUUUAGUGCUGAAAGAAUGUUGGAAUAUGGAAAUUAUUAAAGGGGCUGAAAUAAGCAGCAAAAUUUAUAUAGAGAAACAAUAUGUAUUUUGACAGUCAAUAGGAUAUUAAACCAAGAUACAUCAUCUAGUUUUGUCUGGCCAUAUUUUAUUUUUGUUUAAAAAUAGAUUUAUUUGUUAAAUCUUUGCAUUUGUUCUGACUACACUAAAUCUGGGUCAAAUACUGGGAAUCUGGGAAACAAAUACUCAACACAUUACUUCUUAUUUCAUACAUGUUGCAAUUUUUUACAGUCAGACCACUAGAUUUCUCCUGAGUUAAAGGAUUAGCUCACUUUCAAAUUAAAAUUUCCUGAUAAUUUACUCACCCCCAUGUCAUCCAAAAUGUUUAUGUCUUUCUUUCUUCAGUCGAAAAGAAAUUAAGGUUUUUGAUGAAAACAUUCCAGGAUUAUUCUCCUUAUAGUGGACUUCAACUGACUCCAAACGGUUGAUGGUCAAAAUUACAGUUUCACUGCAGCUUCAAAGGGCUUUACAUGAUCCCAGAUGAGGAAUAAGGACGGUCUUAUCUAGCGAAACGAUAAGUCGUUUUCUAAAAAAAAAUUAAAAAUGAUAUACGUUUUAACCAUAAAUCGUCUUGAACUAGCUCUCUUCUUCUUCUCUAUUAGAAUUCCGGCAGUGUAGAUGCUGCUAAGUGUAUUACUGCCCUCCACAGGUGAAAGUUUGAACUAAUUGUUACAUACUUGCACUAGCAUAUAGUAUAUGACAAUUUAGUUUAUGGUUUAUAUAGUUUUUUAUUUUUUUUAGAAAAUGACCGAUCGUUCCAGAUAAGACCCUUAUUCCUUGUCUGGGAUCACGUAGAGCCCUUUGAAACUGCACUGAAACUGUCAUUUUGACCUUCAACCAUUUGGAGUCAAACAGGUAAUCCAAAACUCAAAGACUUUAAUUAAAGGUAAAAGGCAGGCAAACGGACGGUGCAAACACAUCUAUUGACAACAGAAGGCAUCUUUACACAGAAAAAGCGGCACAGAAACCAACUCUGUAGUGGCAUAAAAUCACAAAAAUGUGCAUUUACACAGAAUGUUUAAUGCUUCUCUGAAGCGGCAUAAAUGCAUUUGCACGGGAAUUAAAAUCACGGGAAACAAUGUUUAAAUGUUUAAGCUUAAAACUACAGUUUUAAGAAUUUAAAAAUAAUCAAAUAAACAAUGAAAUUACACUUGAAAUAAAAAAAUUUAUUUCCACUGCGUGCUAUAGCUAUCUCACACUUUGAUGUUUGUCGUAAUUCUGUGGUACUGAUAGUUAUUUUCUAUUUCUUAAUAAAAUUUUUACAUUUGGAUCAAGUGCUAUAAAGAAAUUAUGAAUUUUUACACCGGGUACAUUACCACAGGAUUAAAAGAGGGUGAAAGUUUUUUUCAAAGAGCCAGAAAGUCAUUGGCACAACAAACGAACAUUGAUGAUGCUAGCAUUAGCAUUUCAGGCAGGACAGCAGAUGUCACCAGACCGUCGUGUGUGGGUGAAAAUAUCAUCCUCAAAGAGAGGAUUUUUGGAAUAUAACAUAACAAUAAUUACAGUGACGCCGACUGGGUUAAGCAUUUACCGUAUCUGAGAGAAAUGUAGCAGCGCAGUGAUCCACCUCUUCAAAGGAAGAUUACAAACGGAGACUUUGCGAUGUGAGUACAGGACUCUUUUACUUCACGGUCUCUUGUUGGUAUACAUUUAAUUUGCCUAAAACAAUAUGAAGCGAGGUCUAUAUUUUGUCUCCCGCUUUUGAUUCUCGCGCCGCCUGAGCUGACAGGUGUGCUUUUGUUUGUCACGACAAUGACGUAGUUUAGUGCGGCACAAGCUCGCGUUCAUUUACACUGAACCAAAACAGUAUCAGAGUCGCCUUUGAUACUAGGGGCUGAGGUGGGUCAGACCCGGCGUAUUUUAGGUCUGCUUUUAUGCGCCAUUGCGUCUUUACACAGAAUUUUGAGCAGGUACAGACCCGGCUUAACUCGGCUGUGUAAAGAUGCCUAGAGACUGAACAAAGAGUGCAAGGAAGAGUGGAGGUUAAAUAAUAAACAGAAACGAGAUGAUUAAUGAUGAACAGCUGACACUACUAAACUAAUGAAGGUAACCAUAGAAACAAAGUACUGGCGGGAAACUUAACAAAGGAACACAGGAACAAAUCAAAAUGCAAACAGAAAUUCCAAACACGUGACAAUGGGGGUGAGUAAAUUAUCAGGAAAUUUUAAUUUGAAAGUGAAAUAAUCCUUUAAUCCUCUUUCCUGAGAGGUGUAUCCAAAAUGGUCAAUGUUUAUGAUAAUGUCUUUACUCAUAUUUUUUUAUUAUUUUUAAUAUAGUAUUAUUCUUUUACAUGGUAUUGAUUUCUUUAAUCAUUUAUAUGUUUCCUACUAUAUGCUCUGAUAUGUUUGAUUAUUUCCAAAUGUAAGACCAUUGGUGUCUUUUCUGUGCUGUAAGACUGAGUGGGCAUAUUUUCCAUCAGAAUUGAUUAUGUGAUGUACCUUUGUAUCAAAAUAUGUCUAUAUUCCUUAUUAAAAUUUGAUCUCUGACAUAAUCA